AUGACCAUUAAGAUAAUUUUCAGACUAGCGCACGUGAAAGAAGUGCGAUUACGGGUCGAUGUUGCGGCUGGUAACAGCCUGAGCAAUGACCCGGCCACUAUCGAAGCCAGUACCCCCCAUGGAGAACACGAACCUCGAAUAUGGGCAGAUGCAGUCAAGGACGGACGAAUGAAAGCGGGCCCUUCUGACCAAAACGCCCCGAGCAAGGCUAAAAACUCCGCCUUCCCUGCCCCACAAAAAGGCGAGCUGAUCCCACCAGUUCGGGAUGCCUGCGUCCCUGAGUGCUUUUACGUCGAGCCUUCUAUUGCGUCACUUUUUGGAACCACGGAACGGUCCGAUACGAACUUCAGCGUUAAGCCCAUGUUUCCCAGGGAGCAGGGCAUCAUCGAUUGUGGACUUAGCAUUGCCUCCACAGAGGCCGUAUGUAUGUUGGGCUGCCCCCACAUGAUGGGAUACCUAAAUAAGGGCCGGAUUUCUCAAGCUGCGCCACAUGUGAAGGAGAUUUGA